AUGUCUGACUUUACUACCAUUCCCACCUUGGAUCUCUCUUUGCUCAAGGACCCGGGUGCCAGAGAAGCCCUACGUCUGCACAUGUUGCACAUUGUUCGCAAUGUGGGAAUGUGCUACGUGACUGGUCUUCCUUUCAGCCCCGAAACCUUCGCCAAGGCCAAGGCUGAAUGUGAAGCAUUCUUUAAUCUUCCCGAAGAAGAGAAAAAGAAGCUCGAUAUUGCAAAUGUCCCAGGGUUCCUAGGCUACACAGCAAUGGGCACGGAGUACACAGAUAACAACAUCGAUACCCGGGAGCAUCUCACCGUGGCCCAUCCCAUCCCAGGUGAGAUUGCAGGACCAGCAUACCGCAACCUCUGGGGACCCAGUCAAUGGCCAGCAGAAUCUAUACUUCCGGACUUCACUGCCUCAUUCAAAAACUACAUAGAGGAGAUCGCAAAAGUGGAAAAGAUGCUACGGGAGCUGAUGGCCGAAGCCAUCGGUGUCAACGGCGCCGCUCUCAGUUCCCUAUUCGACGAGAAGCAGCAGUACCGCAUGCGCAUGAUAAAAUACCCCGGUCCACCGGCGACAGCGUCAGAAGCAGAUCUUAGUGCACUAGGUGCCCACCAAGAUCACACAUUCACCACGCUGAUUCACCAAGUGACCGAGCAUGUAGCGCUACAAGCGCAAAAUGGCAAGGGUGAAUGGAUUAACUGCCCGCCCAGGGACGGCUCCUUGGUCUUCAUCGUUGGAAAGACUGCCCAAGCAGCGACGUAUGGGGUGUGCUCGGCUGCUUGGCAUCGCGUCACGGCUCUGCCUCCCGGUAGCACGGAUCGCUUCAGUAUUGGCGUGGGCACUAAUCUGCGAUAUGAUACAUCGUUGUUGUCGCCGUCGAGUAUGCAGGCCUUGGAGAGUAUUCAACGAGAUGUUCAUGCUCAUUACCCUUGCGUUGGAGAGGAACCGGAUGAAUAUUUGAGUCCAUUGGGGUCCCUUGAUACACUGGGUAUGAAGGUGCUGCAUAAUUAUGGUGUCAGUCAUCCAGAUAUCAUGAAGCGAUGGCACCCUGAAAUGGUCCGCUCUAUCACCACGGGUAAUUAG